AUGGCAGGUGAGCUGCAGAAUUUUCACAACUGGCAGCCUGCAGCGCAGCAGCAGACGCUGACGCAGAUCCUGCAGCAGCUGCAGCAGCUGCCGACGCAGCUGCAGCAGGUGGAGGGAGCGCUGCUGCAGCGCAUCGCGGACGUGGACCACAACGCGCACGCCCGCGUCAUCAACAGCCAGCUCAACGGGCCACAGCAGGUCGGGUCAGCCGCGGUCGUGAUCAUGCCUGCGUAA